AUGUCUGUCGCGACGCUGUCCAAGUCGCUGCCCAAGCCGAAAUACUCGGGUGAGGAGGAGGAACUCACCAACAGCACGCGUGUGCUGAGCUCCGAGCAGUACGAAGCGCAGGUCGCACGAAAGCAGAAUGGCCCACCCGCAUACGGUAGCAGGCAAAGUUGGCGGCCCCGCGUGCCCGAGGACUUUGGCGAUGGAGGCGCGUUUCCAGAGGUUCACGUCGCGCAGUAUCCGCUGGAUAUGGGCAAGAAGGGCACACCAUCCACAUCCAAUGCCCUCGUAAGGAGAGUCGACGGAGAGGGCAAGACCAAAUACGAUGAGAUUGCGAGGCGCGGACACGGCGACUCAAGGAUCGUACAGGCGAGCUUCAAAGACUUGAUCCCGCUACGUCAACGAGCGGAUGCCGGCGAGCUGGAUUUGUCGCGUCCGAGCCAGGAAGUGGUACAGGCAACAAAAGAGAAGACAGAACAGGCACUCAUGGCCUUGGUAGCAGGACAGACUGCUGCACAGCGACCAAAGAACGUACAGGGUCGGAAAGACGAUGAGCCUACCUUUGUGCGAUACACCCCAACCGCACAAAUGGGCGAGGCCCAGGGAAAGACGCGCAUCUUCAAGAUUCAACAGCGGCAGAUCGAUCCUAUGGAACCACCGAAAUUCAAGCACAAACGUAUUCCUCGCGGACCGCCAUCUCCUCCGCCGCCCGUUCUACACUCUCCGCCGCGAAAACUGACCGCCGAAGAUCAAGAGAUGUGGAAGAUUCCGCCUCCCAUUAGUAACUGGAAGAACCCCAAGGGUUACACAGUACCUCUAGAUAAGCGUCUGGCAGCCGAUGGGCGGGGUCUCCAGGACAUCACAAUCAACGAUAAGUUUGCGCAAUUCGGCGAGGCUCUCCAGGCUGCAGACAGGCACGCUCGAGAGGAAGUCAAGCAGCGCGCCAUUAUGCAACAGCGCUUGGCAGAGAAGGAGAAGCUGCAAAAGGAGGAGCACCUGCGCAACUUGGCAAAACAGGCUCGAGAAGACCGUGCGAAUGCCUCCCGAAGGCGAUCCCAGAGCGAUUCAGAAACAGACUCGGAGGAGGAAGAGGUGCGGAAGCGAAUGGAUGCCCGCAAAGAGCGUCGCGAGGAUUUGCAGCGUGAACUCCGUCAGUCGCGCAUGGGCAAUGAGCGCAAGAUUCAGAUGCUUGCUCGUGAGCAGAACCGUGAUAUCUCAGAGAAGGUUGCUCUUGGCCUGGCAAAGCCAACACAAAGCGGAGAGUCCAUGUAUGAUGCUCGAUUGUUCAAUCAGUCGAGUGGUUUCAAUGCUGGUUUCAACGAGGACAACCAUUAUGACAAGCCUCUUUUCGCCGCUCAAGACGCAAUAAGCAGCAUCUACCGCCCGAGUGUACAACAAGACGACGGAGAAGAUGACGGGCAGACGUACGACAGGCUCACAAAGACGAGCAAAUUUGAAGUUUUAGGCAAGGCGAAGGAAGGCUUCAAGGGUGCCGAUCUACAAGAAGCUCGAGAUGGACCAGUCCAGUUUGAGAAGGAUACUGACGACCCUUUCAACAUCAAUCAGAUGAUUGACGAGGUUCGGGGCGAGAAGAAGGGCGAAAAGCGAUACGGCAUUCAAGAGCCUGAGGGCAGGUCAACGAAAAGGGCUAGGGUAGAUGAUGACAGUGAUUGA